AUGAUUCGUAAUAUAAGCAAGGCUGUUAAAUUCCAAAAGGCGCAGUUUGCGACAGCUGCUGCGCCGGCGCCGCAAACAAGCCCAGAUAUUUUGUACACCGGGCUAUUUAUUAACAAUGAAUGGGUUAAAUCUGAAGAUGGCAAAACCUUCCCCACUAUUAACCCAUCAAAUGAACAAGUGAUUGCUGAUAUACAACAGGCUGGGAAAGCUGAUGUUGACAAAGCAGUUCAGGCAGCCAAGGAUGCAUUCAAAUUGGGUUCACCAUGGCGAACUAUGGACGCAUCGCAACGUGGCUAUCUCCUAAACAGACUCGCCGAUCUUAUUGAAAGAGAGAGGUCAUACAUUUCGAGUCUGGAGACCCUCGACAACGGUAAGCCGUUCUUAGCAGCUUACUACGGCGAUGUCGCUGCCACUAUUAAGAAUUUACGAUACUACGCCGGCUGGGCAGACAAAAACCAUGGAAAAGUGCUGCCCACUGAUGGGAAAUACUUCGCGUACACACGACAUGAGCCAGUUGGUGUGUGCGGUCAAAUCAUACCAUGGAAUUUCCCGUUGUUGAUGGCAUCCUGGAAGUUGGGCCCGGCCUUGGCCACUGGCAACACAUUGGUAUUGAAACCGGCCGAACAGACACCGCUCACUGCCCUGUACAUUGCACAACUAGCUAAGGAAGCUGGCUUCCCCGCGGGCGUCAUAAACGUUGUUCCUGGCUUCGGAGAUGCCGGGGCGGCUUUGGUGGACCAUCCCGACGUCGAUAAGAUUGCUUUUACUGGUUCUACGGAGGUUGGAAAAUUGAUCCAACGUGGCGCCGCCAACACGGUUAAGCGGAUUACUCUGGAAUUGGGAGGGAAAUCCCCGAAUAUUGUACUAGAUGACUGCGACCUUCCUUACGCCGUAGAGCAAUCUCACAUGGCUCUGUUCUAUAAUAUGGGACAAUGCUGCUGCGCUGGAUCUCGUACCUUCGUACAUGAGAAGAUCUACGACAAAUUCGUGGAAAUGUCAGCGGAAAGGGCUAAGAGGAGAGUGGUCGGCAAUCCAUUUGACCCCAAAACAGAGCAGGGACCACAGAUUGAUGCAGAGCAACACGAGAAGAUCCUAAGUCUGAUAGAGAGAGGAAAGCAGCAGGGAGCUAAUCUAUUGACGGGUGGGCAGCGUGCUGGAGAUAGUGGAUACUUCGUGCAACCAACCGUCUUCGCUGAUGUCAAGGAUGAUAUGGAUAUCGCCAAGGUUGAGAUCUUCGGGCCCGUGCAGCAAAUCAUCAAGUUUUCAGAUCUGGACGAGGUUAUCGCACGUGCUAAUAAUUCCGAGUACGGGCUCGCAGCUGGAAUCUUUACUAAGGACUUGGACAAAGCCAAUUAUCUCAUUCAGGGUGUUCGCGCCGGCACAGUAUGGGUGAACGAUUACAACGUAUUCGGACACCAAGUUCCAUUCGGAGGAUUCAAGCAAUCCGGUUUGGGACGAGAGAACGGACCAUACGGCAUCAACAAUUACACUGAAGUCAAAUCGGUUUUGGUGCGGCUGUCCGCAAAGAACUCGUAA